AUGUGUAUUGCUUCUUGUAUAGCCGAUUUCUACGACGAAGGUGGAUUCGCAGUGGGUGAUCAUGGUAGUAACCGCUUCCAAUUCGACGGCCUCGGGGACUUACACGUGCGUAAUGGAUACCACAUGCAUGCGUUUAGAAUCAUUUUCCAUUUCAAGCUACCGAAAGGCAUAGCAGCUAUGCGACCUGUGAGUGUGUUCAAGGCCGCGUUCAUACUCGACUAA